UCAUCCAACAGUUUAAACUGCAUUAUUUCUCUCAACAAGUUCCAGUUCAAUUGACAAUAUACCCAUCAAACAACAAAAUUAACUUACCUUCAAUACCAUAUCAUGGGUAUUCGUUUGCUAUCUAUGAUUUCUGGUGUCAAGCAAUUCCACAAAUUGCAUUCUGUUGUUACUCGUAAUCAAAUAUCAGAUGCACCAAAAGGACAUUUAGCAGUUUACGUGGGAGAAACAGAGAAGAAGAAGCGAUAUGUGGUUCCAAUUGCGUACCUGAAUCAUCCUUCAUUUCAAGACUUAUUGCAAAAGGCAGAGGAAGAAUUUGGGUUUCAACAUCCAAUGGGCGGUCUCACAAUACCCUGCAACAAAGAUGCAUUUUUUCAUGUCACUUCUCGACUGAACAAUGCCUUAUGAUAUGAAGAUGCAGCAUUAACUGACGGAUUAUAUUAGGGUUACUGUUUUUUGUUCUUUCAUUAAUUUUUUUCCUCUUGCAAUGCAAGUGUCACACCUCUUUUUCCGCUCGAGGAAUGAGUCGAAGGGUUUUUCCUAUUAAAGUGAUGGUUUUGAAUAGGGA